GCAAAAACCCCCAGAAUGAAGCAAAUUAAGAAAUUCCUAGGGGAGGACCCCAUGCUCCUUUAUAUGAUGUCGCCAAUGCUCAAGCGAAAUCUAUACCCACAUAUUUUGUCCAAGUACACCACAAUGAGACUAACAGUUUGUCUUUGUGGCACUCAGUGGCCGCUAUUUCAAAAAUAGUAGGCUUUUAGAGUGACUAUGGUCGUUGUGUGAUAGUUACAAAGUAAUGGAGAGAGGGAAAAUAGAGAGAGGUAUACAGAGAGAGAGGGACGGAGGAAGGGAGGGAGGGUUAGACGUAGAGAGCGAGAGCGAGAGAGAGACUGGGCUAAGUGGACAGACCUCACGUUGAGCUCAGAUGAACCUCGGCAUCCUUUCCCACGUUGGAUCAUUUCAGCCCCGUUAAACCAGAGGACCACCGGAGCAAAACCGCAAACACACGGUGAUCCUCUGCAGCAUGUGCACUGCAUGGGAAUAUGUGAGUAAAGAAGCCGAAAUGAAGACAAACACCAGGGAGAGGGGCGGAAGAACUGAAGCAGGGGCAGGACGAAGGCAUGCUGGAAAUAAACCAUCAUAAAAACCGGCAGCUGAUCAGCCCUUUGUCAGCCAUUUCACAAGACAAACCGAUCGGUGAACCUCAGCAAUGGCAGCACAUGUUGUGCUUCUUUUUCUUUUAUUCUGCAAAGGGGAAAGACACGGCGUCUCAGAGGCUGUCGGCCUUUCAGAGGAAGAUCCGGAUUCUCAAGUAAUAUCAGACAAAAAGCAACAAGUUUUACAUCAUCCAAAGUCCCUGGACAAAAUUUUUAUUGGAAUCAAAGAAUUGGAAAGCCAUGUACAGGCUUCAGAGAGUGAUGUAAGAACUCUGCCAAAUGUGGCUUUUCAACUAAAUGACGGCAAAGCUAAUGAUUCUGACUUUAAGAGCAAUGCAGCAAAGCAAAUCGACAUGAGACUUAAACCUCCAGAUUCUUCUGCCAAACCUCUUAUACCUAAACAUAGCUCUGAACUCAGUGUGAACCGUGAGAAAAGGAACAAUUUGACUAAUGAAGAGGUUGAAGGUGUAAUUAAUGAUCACAGUCUAGUGCCAAGCUCAGAGGAGGAGUACGUUCUCCAGCCUCAACUCUAUUUGGAGACAGGUGUCGGUGACGUUCUGCCUGAGAGGCUACGGGGCCUCUCUAAAUGGGUCACAGAGUCUGAACAUAGUCAGUCAGAGCCUUACCUGCUGCCACACUCUCGCCGCCGUAGGAGCUGGCUCUGGAACCAGUUCUUUGUGAUUGAGGAGUACAGAGGGCCUGAGCCUGUGCUCAUUGGACGGCUGCACACGGAUAUGGACAAAGGAGACGGAAGCACUAAAUACAUGUUGGAGGGAGAGGGAGUGGGCUCUGUGUUUGUGAUCGACAGCAAGACGGGCAACAUACAUGUCACCAAGUCUCUGGACCGAGAGGAGAAAGACGAGUAUCGUCUCGUCGCGACUGCUACAGACCGCGAGACCGGCCGAGCCCUGGAGCCGUCCUCUGAGUUCAUCAUCAGAGUUCAGGACAUCAACGACAACCCACCUGUCUUCCCCAGUGAACCUUAUGUUGCCAUGGUGCCGGAGAUGGCCAACAUAGGCACGUCAAUAAUCCAGGUCACAGCCAGAGAUGCUGACGAUCCAACAUAUGGGAACAGCGCUCGGCUGGUGUAUGCCAUUACUCACGGCCAGGACUUUUUCUCUGUGGACCCUCAGACAGGCAUUUUGCGGACGGCGGUACCUGACAUGGACAGAGAGACUCAGGAUGAGUAUCUGGUCGUCCUCCAGGCCAAAGACAUGGGGGGCCAUCUUGGUGGAUUAUCGGGAACUACGACCGUCACAGUGAGGCUGAGCGAUGUCAACGACAAUCCACCUCACUUUAGAAGGAGUGCGUGGUCCUUCUCUGUAUCAGAGCUGGCGGCACCAGGUGUGGAGGUGGGCCGUCUCACCGCCACUGAUCCUGAUCUGGGAGAAAAUGCACAGCUGGAGUUUACCAUCCUGGACACUGAGGAGGCUGAAAUAUUCAACGUAACUAGAAGAGACAAAGAGGCUGUCAUUGUGCUGAACAAGAUCCUGGAUUAUGAAACACGUAAUUCGUAUACUUUCUCAGUGGAAGUGACAAACCCUAUAGUGGAUCCCCGAUACAUAAGAAAAGGUCCCUUUAAGGACCAGGCAACAGUCCGGGUCAUGGUCCUUAAUGCUGAUGAGCCACCGCGAUUCUCCCAGGCUCUGUACCAUCUGGAUGUUUCUGAGAACUGCCCCCCUGUCUGCUCUGUCGGUCGGGUCUACGCCGUGGACCCAGAUACAGGACAAAGCACCAACAUUAGGUACUCCAUCGAUCCCCAGUCAGACCCCGAGGCUCUGUUCCGCAUCGCCUCUGACACUGGCUUUAUCAACACUGUGAUGGAGCUGGACCGUGAGCAGGAGCAGUGGCAUAAUAUCACUGUCAUCGCCACACAGAGGGACAACCCAAAUCUUGUGUCAAGGGUUGUGGUUGCCAUAGAGACACUAGACCAGAAUGACAAUGCGCCGGAGUUGGACAGGCAGUACACGACGUCAGUAUGUGACUCCAGUGCCCCCGGUCAGGUGGUUCAGGUUUUACGAGCCAUCGACAGAGAUCAAGGAGGACAGGACGCCCCGGUUCACUUCAGCAUCCCUCCAGAGUCCAGCUCUGCCCUCAACCUCUCCAUCAGAGAAAGCGGAGGUGUGACAGCCAGCCUGGUGCUGCAGACAGCCUUAGAGCCCCUGCCUGGCUUCUCCUCAUCUUUACUCACCCUUUACGUACCAGUUGUGCUGCGCGACGGGGCCUCGGGUCUAACCAACACUGGCACAGUCACCGUGACUAUUUGUCCCUGUUUGCGGGGGGGCAUGCAGACUGAGGACAGGGGCAGACAGAGGGACAGGAGAUGGGAGAGACACAUGGUUUGUCUUCCCGUGCCAUCCGCCUCUCCGUCUCUUAUAUUCAGUUUGGUGACAUUACUGGCCAUGCUGGCCUGUGUCACAACUCUUCUGGUGGUGUGUGCACUCUCGCUGUCAUUGCGCCAUCAGAAACGAGACUCCCACUCAACCUUCGAGGAAGAUGAUGUCAGGGAGAACAUCAUAUCGUAUGACGAUGAGGGGGGAGGGGAAGCAGAUACCGCAGCUUUUGACAUUACAGCGCUGCAGAGCAUGCACAGAAUACAGCACAUGCACAACAACCGAACCAUAUGGUACACCCAGCAAAAUCUGCCAAGGGCCAGGACGUACAGCUGGAGUCGUCACCCACGCCCGGGCCUGGACCCUCAGCAACGUCCGGGCUCCGCACCGCUCUACGGGCGCUUCUGCUACGGCCUCCACACACUGCCUGUUCUCAGAGAUUAUCCAGCCGGGCCACUGGAGGCAGGUCUGCAGCUAACUCAGCUGACCCACGGGCUCACCAGAGGUCAUUUCAGCAAUUCCCUCAUCAUCCAGAACCAGAACACCUUUGAGCCUGUGCUGCACUCUCCUGAGAUGAGCAGCAGUAGUUUCGAAGCAGAAGGCAUGGUGAAAAGCAAAAUUACAGAGCGAAAUGAAGGCAGUGAAGCAAUCGCAGCUGGCACAAAGGAGAAUCAGGAUCCAGCUAAGACAAAAUCAACAGAACCAGAGUCAACACUGAUCACCAACAUGGCCGCAGAUUCGACCUACUGUGACCCAAAUGAGUCUUCAUGCCAAAGUCACACCAGCUUCUCAUCAAACCAACAAGAGGGGCGACCGGGGUCAUCCCAGACUCAAAUCAGCACUGGAGCCACGAGCUGCACCGUAGAUGACAUUGAUACUGAUUCUUCUAUUCCCUCCAUUUCCGAGCAAAAUUAUUCAAACAGCAGUCAAAUGAGCUCUGUAAACACUCCUGUGUACCUGAAAGGAGACACAUACAGCAUUGUGGGCUCGCUGAACCCAAACAGCCGAGGGACGUGUAUGAAUGGGACUAACAGCAGCGGGCUGUACCCAGCGGGAGUGCAGCUACUGAACAUGUGUGGACUCCAGGGAAAGGAUUUGACCCCACAGUCUUUGCCCUUACCUGAGGGGAUGUUUGGCAACAGCAGAGGCUGGGCAAGUGGGGCGGAGCCGGCGAGAACAGAAACGACCAACCCGCAGCCUCUCAGGAUGGAGGAGCUCUUGAAUAUUCGUCUGGACCAGGUCACCUUUGACCUGUCACAGCCACCCUAUGACUCACUGCAGACUUACGAGUUUGAGGGCCGUGAUUCAAGGGCCGAGUCGCUGAGUUCACUGGAGAGCGAUGGAGAAAAGGAUGAUGGGAGGGUGGUGGGAGGGAUAGAGGAGCUAAACCAGAAGUUUCAGAGGCUGGUGGAGAUUAUCCGAGAGAGGAAGAGGGAAAAGGAAGGAGAAGGAGAAACGCGAGCGCCAGAGGGAGGCAAGACAGCAGAGACCACUCUCAGUGAGACUCAUAAACAAAGUGAGGACAAAGGAGCUAAACUACAGAGAUGGGAUUUCUAGACUCCAAUAAAAGAAAAGUUUCAGAGAGGAGAACUAUGUUGGCAGUGAUGGAUUUUAAACACAGCAGGGGUGGCAAAAUACACAGCCUCUGACAGAAAUCGUCUUGUUGUUUGCCCCCUGCCAGGAGGAAUCCAGGAGGCUGACAGUACAGUGAAGAUUUGUGGUGCAAUCAGUGCACAGCAUAUAGUUUUCACCUCCACUGAAUUUUAGCAAAUGCAUAUGGAACCUGUCACUUUUCACACUUCUCUUGUAACUGAUAUUAAUAAUGCACUUGGGCUUUCAAAGCUAACAUUAUGAAAAAUUUACUUUUAUGUAAAAUAUUGAUUCUAAGCCCUGAAAGCUGCAUUGUUAGAAAAUAGGCCUCAUCAAAUAUUGACCAGAAUUGUGACAUUUAAUAUUGAUCGUUUAAUAGGGGCACACGCUCUAGAUAAUCCCUGAAAUUUAUAAACAUUUGGAUGUGAAUUGGAGAAUUUUAAAACACGAGAAUUUUAAACAUGCCAUGACACACACUGCCGCAUGUUUACAGAGCCUCUCCAAUGAGUCUAAUUGUAUCUUGUAGCUCUGCAGAGAGACUCCUGCAAGUAGUCACCAUUAUAGUAAAACCUGCUCACUAUGCAAUUUGCUCACAAUUAGAAAUAAUUAGACUGUCACUGUCAGACUUGUGUGUUGUUGUGAAAGUACAGUAAAACAUGUCCAUAUGUAGAUAAACAUCAACCUCGACUUCAGUGAUUAUUGCUGGAUAUUUACUGGAAUCGCCACACGGGAAAUGCAAAGGACUGAUUCUCAGUUAAACUGUUGCAGACACGAGCUUACACUAUACAAUUCCCCGUAAUUUCUCCCACGCAAGAUUAUUUAUAAUUCACCAUUGUGUUUGGCCGUCUGGAAUUAUCUCCAGAGGCUUAUUUAUCUCCCACCUUUUAAAGAGACAAAAUUAGGCAAAAGCCAUUAUGCGACACAGUACACACAGCCAUUGUUCUUGUGAUGAGCCCAGAACACAGGCAACAGAAAAAUAAUCAUUUACUUUGAGAUUUGGUAAUGUUAUUCAGGCAGUUUGUCAUUCUGACAAUGACUCAUUUCUAUAGCUAUUUCAAAACUAAUUUAUUAUUCAGAGGGUAUCAGAAUGAGUUAUUAAAAUAACAUUAUUUUCUAUAACAUCGUAAAGCAAUUUUUACUUUCUUCAGUUUUUCCCUUUUCCUGGCUUCCUCUGCAGGGGGAAUUUAGGUCUUAAUCGGCCUCAGUUUUAAUAAAAUUGGAUUGCUUUUUGAAUUAAAUUUGACAGAAAAUCUUUGGCUUUCUGACAAGGAAAAAAAAAAGAGGCAAGACAAUGAAAUGCAGAAUAAAAGGAACAGGCCAGAUGAUAAAUCGCCAUCACCACACAGCAUAUUAUCAGGAUGCUGCGCAUCGUCUGGCAUGGUACUGCGAGAUAUUGCUGUAGCAGUGACACGUUUCCUCCCAGAUCACAAGAACGCACUGAAUCUAAUAACCAACUAAAUAUAGACACAAGUUAGAAUGAGAAAGUCGAGCUGUGCUAUCACUUCAAAAGUAGUCAGACAAAAAUAAAAUAACAGUAAAUUAAAAUAUGUUUGAAAUUCAAAUGUUUUAAAGGUACAUUUACGCACACUUUAAGGGAUGCUGAGAAAAGUGCUGUGAAGAGCAAGACCUCAGCGUUGGGCCAGGAAACAAUAACUGACAGUACAAUGGUGCCACCUGAAGUUAAAACAUAAGGACUGCAGCUGGAAAAUUACAAAGGAAAAGCUGGAAAUAGUUACUGAUAAUUAAGAAGAAGAAAAAUGACAGUUCUCUUGUUUUUUAAGGCUAAAAAAUUCAUAUAAUUCAAAACACACUUCACCUAGAUACAAAUCAGGCAGUGUGAAAAUUAUUCAGCAAGGAGAUAAGAAACGAAAGAGACUUAAAGCUGUUUAAUUUUUUAUCAUCCCACAUUUAUUAUAUUUUAUAAUAAAAUAGAAAAGCUUAUUAAAAAAAAAGAAAGGUAACUAUGUCAUACUUCAGGUCAUAAAGGUUAAUUUUACCAUAGCAACUAGACCCGGAUAAAAGUAUGUGUCGGUAACUUAUGCUUCAUUGAAAAUUCAUAAAUACCUUGUAUGCUACAAUUGCUAAAUGGCACCACAAGAUGGCGCCACCUUCCUUUUAGUUGCGUUAAAUUCUGGUUGAAAACUGUAAAUUUAGGUCGAUGUGAUUAUUUCUUCUAUGAUUUUUUUGGGGGAGGGACUAAAAAGCCUUCUCUUAGCUGAUACUGGAGAAACCAGUGAAACGUGGCUAGUUUUCUGGUUUGUUUGUUUAUUUAAUGUUUAGAGGUUGCGCGGCGUCUUCUGAUUAUUUCAUUCAGGUCCCUCAGCUUGUUGGUUAUGUCCAUUUUCCAAAUCUGGUUUUAAGUAUUGUCUUGGGAGGGAUAUCUCAAGAACAUUUCUCGAGAUGUGGUCUCUUUUACGAUGGCCGUGUUGCCUGAGCCUCAGUCCUCUAUGUUAAGUAUGAUAUAGCUGCUCACCUGUGCAAACCAGUUUGAAUAAAUACGGCACCCAUCAAACUCAAACCACUCGAACUGUUCUCAUAAUGGCUCAUGCGGUGACCUUUUAGCACAGAAAAACAUUAAUGCUCGUAAACGUCCCAAAAACUGUUCCCAUGAUUCACGGGGGAAAAAACUAUUUUUACAAAAAGCUUCUUUUUUUUUAUUUUUAGGAAGUGUAAUCCUUUACCCUGAUGGAACCAUCUGGAAUAUAUGAGGGAUGUUGAGGGUCAAAAACAAAGAGAAAACCCUCUGUGUUUUAAGGAUGGCACCUAUAACCUUAGUGCACAGCUUGACAUGGAUUUUAGGAGUAAAAAUACCAAACAGAGAAAGUGAAAAGGCCAGGUCAAUAAAAUGAGGAAUCAGAAAUUUUCAUCACUGUCAUGGCUGCAUAUAAAGUUCAGUAUUUGCUUUUUUUUUUAAAGAACUGUUUGCCUUUUUACAUAUAGCAUAUAGCAUGUUUCCCUCAGAACAAUGGCCACACAUUUAUACAGAACUGCUGCUACGGGUCCUCCUUAAAAAAAUCUGCCAACUUCCCUUUGGUCACAUUAUUGAUUAACAAAUGGGUCCAGUGUGUCUGGAAAGUUAACUUAAGUUUCUAGAAAGUCAGCCUGCAAACGUAUAAAUAAAAAAUAUCUUCCAGUUAGUCAGAUUAUUUAUCUGUAUAAUUUUAUUCAAACUCAAAAACAUAUUUGGAAAAGUUACCACAACCCUUAGAGCCAUAUGAAUGUUUAAUAAACUGUAAUUAUUCUGUAAAUUAGAAUACCAUCAACUGGAAUUAUUUCUGAGUUAGUCACUAAGUCAAAGUAUCCUUGGGCAAGAUACUGAACACCAAGUUGCUCUCGAAGAGUUCAUUUGAGUGUGAAUAUUAGAGAUAGAAACCACUUAGGCAUGAAAAAGGUGUUUUUGUGAAUGGAUGAAUGAGGCAAGUUGAACAAAGUGCUUUGAGUGCUCAAGCAGAGUAGAACAGCUCUAUAUAAGAACCAGUUCAUUUACUUUUUACCACAUGUGAACUUAAAAGUGCCUAUUUAGUGGUGUUAUUGCCCCUCUCUAAAGAUAGGCAUCCAUAAAUGUCACCAUUGUGGCAUCAAAACUGCAUUUAUUAAACCAAAUAUCAAACGUGAUUUUUAAAAAUGUUCAAAAUGUUUGGUGAAUUUGCACCAGAUAAGCUAUAAAACUCGUUUUUCGCCAUCAGUGAAAAUUCAGCACCUUUAAGACUUUAUUAGUCUUAAUCCAACAAGUGCCAACAAAUUCAUCAUCUCUGCUCAUCCCAUGAGAGCACGAACGAAUGCAGCUGCAUACAAGCUACAAUUUGAUUAACAAGUGGAUUUGCCUGCCAGCACAGAGCUGCCAAGCCCUACUGAGUCAAUGCUGCAUCAUGAUUGGCUCAUAUGUUUCUAGGUUUAGCUGUUGAUUGGCUCUUUGGUGAGAGGGGUGGGAUAUUCAGCAUGUUUACAGAACUCUAUAGAUUUUUCUUCAGGGUUCUUAGAGUGUCACAUCUCUCUCUUUAAUAAUGUUUGUCAUGUUACUCGGAAAUACCAGUAAUAUGACCAGACUCUUUACCAGAAUUACUGGUAACACUUUACUCCCUGUGAAAGGUCACCGGUGUUAAAUCAUUUGAGGGAAAUGCCCUGUUACUUUUCUCCAAAUGGUCUGCAGGGAGGCAGAAUACAGCAAGUCAAACAUUGCAGUUUAAACACCUGUUCACACAGAAUCUUGAAACUUUGUACCAACACAGAGUGCAGAUAAGGAACCGUGAGUGUUUUAACA